AUGGCUCAAGCGGCCAACAUUGCGCCACGCCAAGGCACCUGCGAGGAGAAUUACGGCACGUAUCCAGAGUACACUGGCCCUUGCGAGCCUUCCAGUGAGUCACGCGUGCGGCGGGGCAUGGUCAGGCCUCGUUCAUAGACGCAUCAUCGCUCACGCUUCUCGGACCGCAUCUGUCGCUCGUAGACUGCGGCGCCAGAGGAACAAAGUGCAACCGCGGACAAGGCUGCGUCAUCUACCCUGGUGAGUGGGGCAGGCAGGCAGACAGGCAACUCACGAUCGGAUCAAGCGCAUGCCGAAUCGUUGAUCGCUUCGCAUCCAUUCACGUGAUUUCCAGCCUUUGGAUGUCCAGCUCAGGGUUGCGCUUGCACUUACUACUAA